AUGGAUUUACUGGCGACGGUCCGUAAGGAGGGUUCUCGUGGAGGUCGGGGCGAAUUCAAGUGGUCGGAUGUGGAAACAUCCUCCCAUCGUGAAAAUUACCUAGGACAUUCCCUCAUGGCCCCCGUUGGCCGUUGGCAGAAAGGCCGCGAUCUCAACUGGUACGCUAAGGCCGGUGCCGAACCGGAGAUCGGCGAAGAUGCAGCGGCAAAAGCUGCGAGAGAACGACGGGAAGAGAUCCAGCGAGUCAAACAAGCCGAGGAAGAUGCACUGGCGAGUGCACUGGGGUUGCCAGUUGCGCCACGCGGCCAACGCAGUCUCGACGAGCUGGGCGCCCCACGCGAGGUUGGAAAGGUUGUGAAAGAGACUCCAGAAGACGAUGAUACCGCCGCCCGUUCGCGGAGCGUUGGAUACGGGCGUCUGGCAGGGAUGCCAGGGCCGAACGAGGAGCCGACUACUACCGAACGGACGAAGGACACCGGGGAUGACCAAGAAAAGGAACUGCAGUACGCACUCAAGGAAUACCACCGACGCCACGGUGACCGGAAACGCAGAAGUCGAAGCGGAAGUAGAGACCGUAUAAGAGAUGAUGAUGACCAUAAAAGAAGAUAUCGGGAAGAUGAUGAUAGCAAGAGGCGCAGACAUGGUGGACAUCGACAUCGAGAACGUCGACCCCGCUCACCCGACAGAUAUCGCGAUCGCUAUCGACAUCGACGAGAGAGAUCUCGAAGUCGAUCUCCCGCCUAUCGCCGCCACGGCCAUUACAGUCGAUGGGAGACCGAGAGAAGAUACGAAACACGAUGA